UAUCUUAGAUCCCCCGAUCUCCUCCAUUAGAGUAUAACAGUUUCCUUUUUCUAAUUCUGUUUUUUUCUUACCAUCAUUGCUCCUAGCUCGAAUUCCUCGCGUACUCCCUACAUUGACUACACAAUCUAUUGACCUUUGCUUGACACUUCCACCCCAAUCCAUCCUCCAUAGGCUCUUUCGCCCUAGUUUGAAUCAACUAGCCAACUCGCAAAUAAGCUAAAACGAGCAUUUGAGAUGAAGAACACAAUCCCAUCAGACGUGUGGGAGAGGAAGAAAGCUUUGAUCGCUAAGCUAUAUAAGGAUGAAGAAUGGCCUCUCAAACAAGUCAUUAAGCAAAUCCGGUCCGAUGACUUUAACCCAAGUGAGACUCAAUUGCGGAGUCGGUUAAAGAAAUGGCGUGUUACCAAACCAUCUCGCCAGACUCGGAAGAAGUCUCAGGAUGACCAACAGGACGUCAAUGGAGAUAGCAGUAGCCACGAGGCAGGGUCUCCAAUGGAUGAGAUUCCAAUUUCUCCUAAGACCCAGUUGUAUUCGACACAGAAAUCAGCUCCCGUAUUAUCCUCUUCCGAACCAGACUUCUACAUGGGCGAUGGAACAUAUGUGCAUCAUGAUUUCCCUACUACAGGAUCUUUCAACAGCCAGAAUGCUUCCAAUGCCUGGGCUCACGAUAGGGAUUCUUCCGUGGUAGUUAUCUCUAACUCUAACUCCUUCGAGCCAUCUUCCCAUACAUCGCCUCUAGCAGAUGGCGUUCUACUUGACUCGGCAUCCCCGAUGGUCUCACCCUUUCAAAACUCUCAUUAUGCGGUGACCACAGGCCCAUGCAUGACAACUCCGACAACUGCAGCAACAGCGCCCAUCAGUUGGGUCGUUCCUCAGUGGUACCCAGUACAGCUAGAGGCUAGUGCUCACCCUCCAUCGAUGCCAUACUACACCGCCCCACCUCUGAGCCCCUCCAUCGAUCCAGCAAUGCAGAUGGUAUCUCCACACCCUCCUCAUCGGCUAUAUUCACCUCCCUCGCCAGGGUGCUCAUUCUCGCAUGAGCAGGUGUUCGACCCGCAUGACGCGCGGAAGCCAUCUCUCCGCGCCAUGCCUGUCUCCUAUAGUCCUGGUACCGCUGGCGGUCACUUAAGGGUCAACCAAAGGGGAGGGCAGCAGGAGAAGAAGAUGUCACUUCCUGCCAAGUUAUCCAACCACUCUCCGGCUGGACCAGUGACGCAUUCCCCCAUUUUCCCCAGCGGACAUCCUGUAAUGUGUGCGCCAACGUUUCCUUAUUGACCAAAACACACUAUAUCUGUAUGACUCUCUCGGCAUUGACUGUCGGUCUGCUUUCAUUUUUGCAUUCAUAACCUAUACUAUUCCCCCAAGACUUCUUGGGUAAUGUGUUACCAUGCAUGGAUGUUUU